AAACUUGCGCCUUUGGCGCUAUUAAUAAAAGCUCAAGGUUUUCACAAACUGGCCAACAUUUUCAACGCGAUUGAGUGUAAGGAAAGGAUCUGAAGAAACAGGUUCAGCGUGGAUGACACCAAUGGCAAAUUACACUAAAACACGACUUUUUAGCCAAAUAACAGCAUUUGGAUUAUCUUUGGCUGUCGUCUGUGUUUCUACUGUCAAUCCCGAUUCUUUAGAUAAAAAACAAAAUAUUAGUGAUCAUAGGCAUAUACAGAAACGUUCUUUGCUCACCGAAGAUGUCGAUCUGGUGGAAGUAUGUAGCUCUAUACAGAGUUUUGAACAGUUGGAAACGGCCAUAAAUGUCGACCUGUUAACAGUGGAAAUCCAUCCGGAGGCUUGGGUAUUUGCUACAAAAUGCAGAGUUCCGGGGAAACCUUGCAAAGGCUUUGAUG